AUGAACGAGAAUCCAAGUAGCCACCACUCUAGUACGAAAGGGCCAGAAAAUGGAAACGAUAGCGACAUAGAGUUUGUCGAAACAAACGUUUCAGUGGUUUGUAUUGAUGACGAUAAUGUAGAUAUGACUGACUCUGGAACAAGUGUUAAGGCACCGCUCGUAAAGAUUCACUUCAAAACGCGCGAAGUGUAUCAGAAGUUAGAGAAAGCAAUAUCAAGUGCUCUUCAAGCAAUCUUCUCAGAACAUCUACCGAACCUACCGGUUAAGAUAAAGCCGGGUAAAGAUGGGUGCUCGAUGGAGAUUGAUGAAACGGUCGCACAGGCGGAUAAGGAUGCUGUCGAUUCGCUGUUCGUCAUUGACUCCACACCCAUGAAGAAUAAAAAGAAUAAUUGUCCGAUACCGAGCUACAAAAAGUCACUAAACAAGGUAUACGAUGGGACACCGCCGACAGCUUCCAGCUCUCUGUCGAAGCGGCCAAAGGCGAAGCAAACCUGCUGGAACUGUGAGGGAGAGCAUGCACUGAAAGACUGCAAGGAGCCACGAAAUUACGCGCGCAUCCGUCAGAAGAAGGAAGAAUUUCAGAAAAAGUCUGAUCGAUACCACGUUGACCAGGAACAGCGUUACGGGCAUUUUGUGCCUGGCACCUUAAGUUUGGAUCUGCGUAACGCUCUUGGCCUCGGGCCCCGCGAUCUUCCGCUGCACGUGUACAAGAUGCGCGUGUAUGGUUAUCCGUUGGGAUGGCUUGAGGAUGCGAAGAUUACACAUUCCGGGUUGCAGCUGUUCGGUUCGAACGGCGACGCGGUGCAGGACUCGGAUAACAGCGAUGGCGAGGUGGACAAUGCGCGUAUGAAGUACGAUGUGCGCAAAAUAAUUGCCUAUCCAGGGUUUAACGUGCCACCACCUCCAGAAAUGUUUGACGAUUCAAAGUUCUACAAUAUGCCACCUUACACUGAAGAAUUGGGACGCGACAAUAUGGUUCGUCGUCUAGAGGGCACGUUGGUGGGAGGCUACCGUAGAAAGAAAAUGAAGACUUCGGUCGAACCAGGCGCGGAAAGUUUUAUUGAUAGUACCGCAAACACAGAAAUCAUCGAUAUGGAUGCGAUGGAAGGUAGCCCAGGGCCAUCGGGAAUUUGCAAACAGGAAGAGCUAGAGGAUGGGGAACUAUCGUCUGAUAAUGACACAAAUCAGCAAACGCCUGCCGUUGACGAGAGUGUCAUUUUGGUAGAGAACCCUGUGGAGGUGAUCACAUUGGAUGAUACACUACAACCCAUUCCGGAACCCGUUCCAUCAUCACCCACUUUGGCCGAUUUGGAGGAAAAGCAGAGUCAACUUGUGGAACAGUUGGCUAACAGUUCCGUUGCGACCGAAGACUGUUCCUUUAUGAAUGACAUACUGCUGGCGGAAAGGCUAGCGGCGGAAGCAGAUACCUCGAUGGACAGUUUAUCCGUCCCGAUGGACCCACCAUGUGCACCAUCUAUGCUUCCACCACCGGUACCUCCAACGAAACAACCGUCUCCACCGAACGGUAGCACACCCGUGUGUGGCCCAUCAGAACGUCCGCCCGAACCGGAGACGUUUGAUCUUGGCGAGUUGGCGAUGAACAAAGUACCGUACAUUGACGAACCAGCGAACGUAGGUUUGAAGCGAAUGUCACUUGGCACUCCGAUUCUCAGUGCGUUCACACCGUACGGCACAUUACCGAGCGGAGAAGCGUUUUCGAAAGGUGUUAGCGAUGUAAUACAUUUCGAGAAUUUGCCCAACUCGACGGGCAAAUACUUACAGAUGAAAUCCCUUCUGUCAGAAGUUCGGCUUAAGAUGCACGAUCAUUUGCGUGAGACGGAGGAUGGAAGUUAG